AUGGAGGGCUUUGAUACCAUGGCUAUGCCCUACUUGGGGAGUCCGCUCUCUCUUGGUAAUCUACAAGGCGACUAUCUCAAUGCCAUGCCCGGCCUCGAUCUCCCCGACCACCGUUCCAACUUUGACUCCGAGACCUUUGUUAGUGGGGACGAUCUUGCCUUUGCCCAAGGUGGGCUUUCACGCUCCAACGUUCCGCCCUCGCUCGAGCGCUUCCCCUCGGGGUACGAUGACCAUUUCACCGACAUGGUCGCUCCCUUUGAUCCUGUUCCACCAGAGCAACCACAGGACUCUUCGAUCGAUCACAACAACAAAUUGUUGAGCUUCUCGCUCCCAGUCUACCAUUUUACCUUGCUCGACUACUCCAUGCGACGGACUUCCUUGUCCGUCUCCGCCCAGUUGCAUGGCAUGUUUUUUUUGGCUGAGUCGCCAUAUACCACAUCGCCGUCCGAGAAUGCCCCGCCACAGCAGGGGGCCGAGUUGACUUGCUAUCGUCGUAAUUUGUUCCAGAUCACCGGCUCCGUCACCCUCCCCCGAGGCAUGCGCUAUAUAAUGACCGAUAACGGUGAUCGGAUUCCCAUACUGGCCCAGGAGCUGACCGUAUCUGCCACCGAAUCUGUCGAGGGGAACCCUGUCAAGAUCAUUUCGGUGCCUUGGAAAACUCCCUCCGCCGCAGCUGCGAACGCGGGGACUGCCAUCGAGGAUCACAACAACGGUGCCGCCAAAGUCGAGAAAGAGCCUCAAGCGAUCCCGUUGGAUAUCAUGGCGGGCCAGGAUCUGGAUACGGACUACGCCACAUUCCCUAUUGCCUGGAAGCGUCUGCAAUUCCGGGUAGCCACGGCCAACAAUGGUCGUCGGAAGGAGUUGCAGCAACAUUUCGUCGUUCGGCUCAAAGUGGUCGCAACCUUGUCCACUGGGGCCAAGAUCUCCAUUUCCGAGGUGCAGUCGGGACCUGUAAUUGUUCGGGGUCGUAGUCCACGCAACUUUCAAUCUCGAAAGGACCUUCCCCUCAGUGGAAGUGCUGCAGCAUCACGAAAGAACCAGGUCAAUUCGGCAGCACUCAACCGCACUCCAACCAGCGAGUCGGUGCCCCGCCGAGCUAGCGUCACUCCAGCCAAGGCCAAGGCCCCAUCUACUACAGUCCAGAGUAGUUCCCCUGAGACUACGUCCGUUCCGCCCCCCACACUCAUGCAACAACCUCAGGCGACUUCUGAUUGGACUUCGAUGCCCCACGCAUCUAACCCCGUAAUGUCCCACCAGCCUCUCUUCCCCCAUUCCAGUCCUGAACAACUUUCCCAGGUUGGUCAGCAGCGCCGGGUGAGCAAUACAACGGCCGCUGCGCCUAUCAAUUUAUCUCUUUUGGAUGAAGACGACCAGCUGGAUCAGAAGAUCAUGACUCCUUAUAAUGAAAUACCUCAGCAACAGCCUGGUCUAGAUCAUGCCCCACCGGCCAAGAUGCGUAAGAUCUCCCAUAACAUCUCUCAGACCCCUUCCCGGAGUGCCACGUCAUCCAUCCCCCUGCUGGAGACUGCCAAUCUACCACAUCAGUUUGUGUCUUCGCUACCCUUUCCUAAUGAGGGCACUGACUUUCUCUACGAAUACUUCCCAUUGGGGUUGGAUGACUGGCAGGCACCCGUGGACGCUGUCUACCGGCCACAUGUGGUACAUCACACCAACAUGCCCGAGAUGAAGUUUGUGGCAUCCAGAGGCCGCAGCAAGCGUUAUUUUGCCGCAGAGGAUGUUUUCUAG